AUGGCGUCGGCCGCGUCCAAACUUGGCGGGGGCGUCAAGCGCACUCUCGCUCCACCUUCGCCGUCGCCCUCGGUCGGCUCGACGACCUCGGCCGCCGCCGCCGGCAGCAGCACGCCCCGCAAAGACCGCGACACGCCGUCCAACAUUGUCUUUUCGCAGCCGGCCCUGACGGGCACCGGCGACAGCAUCGUCUCGCAGAUGGCCUACGCCGUCUCGUGGCUGCGCGGCAAGGACGAGCCACAGGGCUACCAGGAUGUGCUGGGCUAUUUGUCACUGACAGCCCGUCCGGAACAGGACCAGGAGUUCUUUGUCGAGCAGAUGCGUCGCCAUCCGCAGAUCCAGUGGAUACCCGACCCGGAACUGAGCGAGCAGACAUGGCGGUCGGGGACCUACCUGCACCGGCCGACGAUCCCCAACGUCAAGAACAAGACGCAGCUGCUGGCAUACCUGCAGAAGAAGACUGACGCGAGCGCGGUCAGCGUCAAGGACUUGAAGGAUGGCUGGCCGGAUUGCGAAACGGCGAUUAACGAGCUGGAGGCCGAGCACAAGAUACUUGUGGUGCGGGCAAAGAAGGAUGGCUCCGCGAGGAACAUCUGGCUCGAUGAUGCUAGCCUGUUUCACGCGGUCGACCCGCAGUUCAGGCUCAUGUGGGCCAGGGUCGAGGUGCCGAGCGUUGAGAAUAUCGUGCACCGGCUCCUGACGGCGCAGCAGAAGCCCGCUUCCGAGGACCCCCGCCUCAAGGCAAUGCAGGCGCCCAAGGUGGACAAGAAGAAGAAGCGGACGCAGCGCCGCACCGGAAAGUCGACAAAUGACCACAUGCAAGAUCUUCUCAAGGAUUAUAGUCACAUGAAGAAGUGA